UCCUUCGAAACCUCAAGGUCCUUCGCCGGUAAUGUAACAGGAAGAACGGACACUGAGGUGACACAUUGGAUCUAGCUAUUGAGUGAACGAGCUUUCACAUUUAUCAGCUUGGACAAUAUUGUCGCAUAAUGAUGAGCUUUUUUAAUGUCUGCGAAGCUAUUUGAACACGAAUAUAUUGAUCAGUGAGCCUGGUUUCCAUCGGUGUCAAUAAUAUUUCCUGUCAACAUACCACCAGUUCUUUUCAGUCUGUCUUGAACAAGGAAAUUGGAUAAGGAUGGAACCAGAGCAACAUAUUCAAAGCCAGUGCAAGACUAAUGAUCUGGCAUCAUCUGGACAACCAAAAGGACCAGCAGAUACAUCCCCAUCCUCCACAUCUUCUCCUGCCCCUUCUACACCACCAGCGGCUCCAUCCAGGCCACGCCGGCCUCAGAGGAGCCCGCGGGUGGAAGGAUCUAUCGACGUAUCGGAGCCCAAACCUCCAGAAUCUCCUAAACCGCAGCAGCUGAGCAACCAGGCUGAACCAACCAGCCCCAACAGCUCCAAUCACCCCUCAGAACCUCAGCCUAAACUCGAUGUUGAUCACGGACCUCCAAGUUUGGCUGGACAGAAGCUUUCAGGACAUACUGCAGUGUCUCGGAGCCACCUUGCAAUGAGGGCCGCCUCGCUUCCUCAGGCCCCGUCAUACAGACCACCACCUACCGAUCCCGUCUUUCACCCACAGAGAGCCCUGUCUGUCGCUGGGACCGCCGACACUCAGCCGCAGGUGGUGGAGGAUUUCAG